CGACGAGCACGCCAUGGACAAGCUCGCCCGCAACGACGACAUGGAGCCCCAGACGGGCAACGUCAAGAGCGGCAUCGAGAGCAAAAAACGCGGGAACGGCGGCACCGCGACCUCGGACCGCGACACCAAGGGCCAAGUGGCGCAGGCGAAGCGCGAGCACCCCGAGGCGCCGGAUCCCGCCAUCGGGAUGCAGGAUGAGAAGGGCCACUAGUACCAGGUGCGCAGAGUGCCUGCAUGUCCUAGGGACGUUGGGAACGUUGAGAACUGGCAUUUCGUCAGCGGAGCUCAAAUCAAGAGACUUGUACGGAGAAAAGGAGAGAGACGUAUGUAUGUGUAUAUAUAAAGGGUGGAUUCGCUUAGGAAGCUACUGUCUGUCUAUUUGCCCGUCUGAACAUCUGCUGUUACUGCAUUGUACAUACAAUACAUAUAUUACCGACCCAUUGAAAGAAC